CUCCGUGAGGGAGGAGGAAGGAGACAAGAUGGCGGCGGGUCCUGGCGCUGCUGGAACCGCUCGUGUAUCGAGCGGGCGGGAACUGGGCUGCGUCCCUGAAGUGGCGGCCGCUUUAGGAGCCGUAGCCCGACAAGGGUUCGAUUUUCUUUGCGCUCCGUUGUUUCAUCCCCGGCAUCGACGUGAGUUUCGGUUGUUGCCCGCUAAAGAACGGCCCGGCCCGCAAACCAGAUCCGACCUGCUGCUGGCGGGGAGGGAUUUGGGGUUUGAGGUUUCCUUAUGGGGUUUUUUGGGCUGAAAAUUGCUGUUUUUGGGUCAGGCCCUACAACAGGAAUUGGACUUUGCCGCUUACUUGGGGGUCCCGGCCGUUCUGCUGUCCUUAAAGGGGCCGCACUGCCCCAAUUUGGCACGGGGGCUCUGUGCCCACCUGCAGGGGACGCCCCAUGGAGCUGCGGUUUGGGUUCGUGUGCCCCUAUUGGCUCCGGAAUCCAGCCGCGACGACUUGAUCGUUAACGAGGAGCUCGUUAACGAGGAUAAUGGGAGGCAGGAGGAGGAGACCUGGCAUUGGUGGCACAACUUCCGGACACUGUGUGACUACAAUAAGAGAGUGGGGCUGGCUCUGGAGGUGGGCCCUGAUUUGCCGUCGGCCGAAGCCAUCGACCGCUGGUUGGGUGAACCCUUGAGGGCGGCCAUCUUGCCCACCAGCAUCUUCCUGACCAAUAAGAAAGGCUUCCCCGUCCUGUCCAGGCCUCACCAACGUCUGCUGGGCCGACUGCUUAAGCUGGAGGUGCAGGUGGUGCUAUGGGGCGCCCCACAUCACGAGCCCAAACCGCUGAGCUCCUACCUGCAAUACCUGGAACACGUGGGGCAGAACCGACCCCCGCCAUCGGCCUACGAGCUGUUUGCACGCGGAUACGAGGACUAUCUGCAGUGCCCACUGCAGCCUUUGAUGGACAACCUGGAGUCGCAGACCUAUGAAGUGUUUGAGAAGGAUCCAAUCAAAUACAGCCAGUACCAGCAGGCCAUCUAUAAGUGUCUGCUGGACCGAGUCCCCGACGAGGAGAAGGAAACAAACGUACAGGUGGUGCUGGUGCUGGGCGCCGGUCGCGGCCCGUUGGUGAACGCGGCACUGAGGGCAGCACGGAUGGCACAGAGACGGAUCAGUGUGUAUGCGGUGGAGAAGAACCAUAAUGCUGUGGUCACGUUGCAGUGCUGGCAGUUGGAGCAGUGGGGCUCCCAGGUCUCUAUGGGUCCCUAUGGGUAUCUAUGGGUCCCUAUGGAGCUGCUGGGGUCAUUUGGGGACAACGAGCUGGCGCCUGAGUGUCUGGAUGGGGCUCAGCCAUGUCUGAAACCUGGGGGUGUGAGCAUCCCCUGUUCCUACACGUCGUUCCUGGCCCCGCUGUCGUCCUCCAAACUGUACAACGAGGUGCGAGGAUGCAGGGAGAGGGACCGGCAUCCCGAGGCUCAGUUUGAGACCCCGUACGUGGUCCGUCUGCACAACUUCCACCAGCUGGCGGCUCCGCAGCCAUGUUUCACCUUCCAGCACCCAAAGACAGAUCCAGAUGAAGACAACAGUCGCUACGCGGUGCUGUCGUUCCCCAUUGGCGUCACCACGGCUCUACACGGAUUCGCCGGUUACUUUGAGACCACCUUAUAUGGGGACGUCACCCUCAGUAUCCGGCCGGAAACGCACUCGCCUGGAAUGUUCUCGUGGUUCCCCAUCUUCUUCCCAUUAAAGCAGCCAAUGGCGUUGCGGGCUGGCGACACGGUGCGGUUGUCGUUCUGGCGCCGUACGGCUCGGCAGAAGGUUUGGUACGAGUGGGCCGUCACACAACCCGCCCCAUCAGCCCUACACAACCCGGCCGGCCGGUCAUACACCAUCGGCCUAUGAGGGGCGGCGGCCAUCUUGGAUUCCCGGCGGCCAUCUUGGAUCCACGGCGGCCAUGGAUAUGCGGCGGCCAUCUUGGAUCUCCGAUGGCCAUCUUGGAUACAUAGCGGCCAUCUUGGAUCCACGGCAGACAUCUUGGAUCCACGGUGGCCAUAUUGGAUCUGCAGCAGCCAUUGAUAUGCAGCGGCCAUCUUGGAUUUGCGACAGCCACCUUGGAUCCCCGGUGGCCAUCUUGGAUCCACGGCGGCCAUCUUGGAUACGCGGCUGACAUCUUGUAUUCCCGGUGGCCAUCUUGGAUCCAUGGCAGACAUCUUGGAUCCACAGUGGACAUCUUGGAUCCACGGCAGCCAUCUUUGAUCCACGGCAGCCAUCUUGGAUCCCCGGUGUCCAUCUUUUAUUCCCAGUGGCUAUAUUGGAUUCCAUCUUGGCUACCUGGCAGCUAUGUUGGAUACCCAUUAGCCAUCUUGGUUACCUGGUAGCCAUCUUGGAUACCCGGCAGCCAUUUUGGAUAUCUGUCAGCCAUCUUGGAUACCAUUUUGACUACCUGGCAGCCAUCUUGGUUUCCUGGCAGCCAUCUUGAAUACCAUUUUGGCUUCUUGGCUGCCAUCUUGACUACCUGGCAGCCAUCUUGAAUACCCGGUAGCCAUCUUGGAUAUCCGGUAGCCAUCUUGGCUACCUGGCAGCCAUCUGGGUUAUCUGGUAGCCAUCUUGGAUACCAUCGUGGCUACUGGGCAGCCAUCUUGGAUAGCUGGUGUCCAUCUUGGCUACUGGGCAGCCAUCUUGACUACCAUCUUGGCUACCUGGCAGCCAUUUUGGAUACUCGGCAGCCAUCUUGGAUACACAGAAAGGAGGCGCUAUCUUGGAUACCGUACUCGUACAUCAUUGGCCUAUGAAUAAUAAAUGCGGCCAGCGGCAGCCAUCUUGGAUAC